AUGGUGGAGCUGGCCGACCCGGACCCAGAGCAGGAGAAAGGAGGCGUGCUUUCUGCUACUAACCUUCGUGCAAAUGUAUUUUCUUUUCUAGGCGAAGGCAUCCUCUUGUUACAACCUGGGAAACACGAAUUUCCAUUUAGCUUUCAGCUGCCAUCUGAACCUUUAGUAACCUCAUUCAGCGGGAAAUAUGGAAGCAUUCAGUACUGUGUGAGAGCCGUUGUGGAACGCCCCAAGGUCCCUGAUCAGAGUGUGAGGCGGGAACUGCAGGUUAUCAGUCACAUCGAUGUCAACACACCAGCGUUGUUAACGCCUGUAUUGAAAACGCAAGAGAAAAUGGUCGGCUGUUGGUUUUUCACUUCCGGUCCAGUCUCGCUGAGUGCCAAAAUUGAGAGGAAGGGGUACUGUAACGGAGAAGCUAUUCCCAUCUAUGCUGAGAUAGAGAAUUGUUCCUCUCGCCUGAUUGUUCCCAAAGCUGCUAUUUUCCAAACCCAGACGUAUUUGGCCAGUGGGAGGACAAAGAGCAUCCGGCACAUGGUCGCCAACGUGCGGGGAAACCACAUUGCUUCUGGGGGCACUGACACGUGGCACGGGAAGACUCUCAAAAUCCCGCCGGUCACCCCGUCCAUCCUGGACUGCUGCAUUAUCAGAGUAGACUAUUCCCUAGCUGUGUAUAUUCACAUUCCUGGUGCUAAAAAACUGAUGCUGGAGCUGCCCCUGGUGAUUGGCACGAUCCCGUAUCACGGUUUCGCCAGCCGGAACUCCAGCACCGCCAGCCGGUUCAGCAUGGACAUGAGCUGGCUGACGCUGACGCUCCCAGAGCAGCCGGAAGCGCCACCAAAUUAUGCAGACGUGGUAUCCGAGGAAGAACUCUCCCGACGCGUCCCUCCCUACCCUCAGCCCUCUGACUGUGAGGGAGAAGCGUGCUGUCCUAUGUUUGCCUGCCUCCAGGAGUUCCGCUUCCAGCCUCCACCUCUGUAUUCAGAGGUUGACCCACAUCCUACUGAUGUAGAAGAGACCCAGCCUGUGUCCUUCAUUCUCUGAAAAAACUCCAGAAAUCACUGUGUUCAUCAUCAGAUUAGAAUGUUGGUUCUUUCCCCCUGCUGCCUUUCUGGAAGAGAGGGAGAGAAGAUUAGCAUAAGAACAUAAAGGGACAUCAAGAUUGAAGGGGAUAGAAGUUAAAGAAUGUGUGAACUUUCCAGUGGCUGACAAGAAUGCAUUGCACAGAUUUACGAUAGGGUCGUGUUUCCCCUUUAAAGGAUCCCGGGAAGAUGUGACAGGUCGCAGAAUGUACCGGAAGUCCUGAUGGUAGAGAGUAAGUGCCUGUGCUUGACCCAGGAGAGCAGAAUCUCUGUGGAUAGUGGGAACACGAGGCGAGCGUACCUUUAAAAAAGGUUUCUCCAGAUGGAACAGAAGUUACCCUAAGCUUUAAGGAACGAUGGACUCGGGAGCCUUGAUCUUGAAGAAGGUAGCAGCACAGAGGUGUGCAUAAAUAGGAAAAAGAGCCUCUUUAAAUAUGAAGGGACCCUCAGCAUGCCGGGGUCUUCAUGAUUUCUCCCCAUGUCUGAAGUCCCGGAAAGAAUCUUUUAAGAGGUCCUAACGAAGCAGUACAGUCUCCUCUUGUAAACUGGCUGGACAGUGUUAUGAAACCAAGAAAGAGUUCCUUGCAAGGCAUGUCCAUUCAGAGGGGAAAGAUGAAUUUCGGUGUGAGAACACAUUUUGUUGAAGGCUGUGCUCUUUACCCCCUUCAAGUACUCUGUUAGGGUAUGUGUUUGAUGAUUUUCCCAGUGUCUUACUUACCUUGAGUCAUUGUAGAAAAAGAAAGGGGGGAAAAAAGGUUGCAUCCUCAGGAUGCCUUGAUAACUACACAGGAAAAAAAACACACACACAAAAAAAAACCAAAACAACAAAAGCCUUUCUUAGCCUACCUCUAGUGGGGUUAUCAGAAUCCUUUUAAAACUCCAGGCGUGAUAAGCCUUCCGUGGAGUUUCUGCUAAUUGGCAGUCACAAUCUCCUCUCCCCUAUCACUAAAUCAGCAGGUGGACCAAGGGAAAAAUCUGUAAGGUCGGCAUUAGACGAAAGUUAAUACAUGUAUACCAAAGGGUAUUUCGAAAUAAAUGUGGAAUCAAAAGAGGGUACAAAUUCCUGCCAGAGACUUCAGUCUGCUGACGGCACUCACCACGCCGGACGUUGUUAUUCCAAUUCUUCAGUAACUCUAUUUAAACUGUGAUUGUUUUUUCUUCAUUGUUUUGGUGCAAUAUUUUAUUAUCAUUUAACCUCAGGAUAUUCCGACCAACAAGAUUGUGUUGCUGCUGAAAAUCUGAGCAGUGUUCUUCCUUUCCCCUCCACCCCACACCGCCCCCCCUUUCUAUUCCCCUCUUCCUCGGGGUCACAUGCUCACUUGCUUGUCCUUUGAUCUGUUGGUUUCCUGAGCCCAGAGUAUCCCCGGACACCACUUGAGAGGGAGGGAGCGAUUCCCACGGGAGAGAUUGGGGACCAGCCAAGUACUUUGGUUUCCUCUAUGUCCUGGGGGUCCCACCCAGAAACCUCAGUGCUCCCCAUGCAGAAGGCCAAACGUCAUCCCCCAGACCGAGUCCUCUCUCCUUUCCCGUCAGUAGUCAGUCGCAAGUGUAAAGGUUCUUUUCUGAAGUUAAGUUUUGUAUUUAGAGUUAGCUGGCCCUCCAAUCAGGGAUUUUUCUACACGCCAGAGGUAAAUGCAUACUUGUCACCCUUCUGGACAUACCUCUCUUUGUAAGCACGGGAGCAUCUUCACUUUUCUCACCUUAAGCCACUGUCUGAAAUCACAUGCAAUUACAGUUGUUGUUCUGAAAUCAUCAUGGAGCUUUAUUCCCUGUGCUUUGGUUUUUAGUGUGUGUGCUUUUUGUUUUGUCUUGUUUUGCUUGUGUGUUUUUAAACAGGUAACAUGUAUUUCAGUGCUGUCUAAACAGUUUUGUUUUUACUUAAAAAAAAAAA